AGGUUUCUCUGUCUGGAAAGGUAUUUUAUUAUACUUAAGCAUCACGAUUUAACACUUGAAAUACUUUUUUUCCGACUUAAUAAGGCUUAGCAAUGGAGCUUGUUUGUGGUUCUAUAUAAAUAACUGCCGAUCGUGUGGGGCAGCUCCAGUCGUUCUUAACCAGUCUAACACCACAGCCAUGCGUUGUCUAGCUCUGAUCGCGAUUUGCCUGCUCUCUCUUUUGGCCCUGACCGGAGCUUUUUGCCCAUGUCCUCGCAUUUAUAAUCCUGUCUGCGGAUCGGAUGGUGUUACCUACAGUAACCAGUGCGAAUUUGACUGCAACGCAAAGGAGAAAGCGAUCACACUGGCUAAGCAAGGACCGUGCUAAAAACUUUAACAUGGAACGGAAAAAAAGGAAAGUGAAAAAUGUGAAACGAAUUAUAUUUAUUUAUGAUAGCUGGGUUCUUGUUCAAUAUAUUUAAAGGUUAUUUAAGUUUUGUUACCAAACUAAUUUUCUGUUUAUGUUUUCGGGUCCAAGUAUACAAGUUGUAAUAAUAUUUGCUGUGAGCAAAAACUAAUUAAUAAAAAAGAUUGAAUAACAUUUAUAAAUGUA